CAUGGGAUGAUAUAAAAAAUAUAAAGAAAGAAAUGCAUAUUUAUAUAUACACACACAUAUUCAUUCAGUCAUUCAUUCAUUCAUAGGAUCAUAAAGAGAGUGUCAUGUUAGAGUAGUAGUAGUAGCAGUAGUUGUUGGUAGUGUUUGUUUGGUGCUCUUUUGUAAAUUCUAAAGCCAAGUUUUUAUCAAUUUUGCCAAUCUAGCUCUUUCUCUCUCUCUCCCUAGAUUUCCAUUGAGAGAACUCUCCUUCUCCUUCACGCCGCCUCUCUUCUUAACCUUACUGCCAACGAACAAAAUACCUUUCACUCGCUUUGCAUUUUUAAAAAAAAUUGUGUGUGUGUGUGUAUUUUAAUUCUGAAUUAUCAAACAUAAUCAGAGUAACCGAUCAUCCUUUUUAAAACAAAUUCUGUUUCUUUCUCUUCUAUUUUUUAUUUGCCUUUUUGGUUGUAUGGUAUUGUUCACUUCAUCCAUGGCUUCUUCAUUGUUGUCUCUUUAAUGCUGCUGUCACUGGGUAUUGAAGGGCUUGUGUUUGGAUGUUCAUUGCCUUGUAAACAAUUCUUUAUUGUCAGAAAAGUAGUUCUCAAAUUCUUUACAAUAUAGAAAAUGGAAGUUGGGAGGACUGAGUUGGACUUUGAUGAAUUUGAGAAGCUUCUUGGAGAGAUACCAAAUGCUACUUCUGGGAAUCCACAUUCUGAGGAAGCUGCAACUCUAAAUGGUGGCUUAUCACCCAUAUGUAUGAAUUCCUUUGAAGGUCGGUUGACUGAAAAACUCCAAAGUAACGGGAGUCCAAAUGAAAGAAAACUAUUGAUUAGUAAAAAUCAAGAAUCUCCCAUCAAAAGGGUCCAAUCUGAGGAAGCGAAUCUGCCUGAUGAUCAAUCCUUGACAUCUGCAUUUACAGAUUUAAGCUUCAAUACUGGAAGUGGUUCAACAAAUUUUAAAUCCUCACCUAAAGCUCCUAGUAUAAGUUUAUCAAUGACUGGUGCUCCAUCUUUCCGUUUGCCAAUUGCCGUGCCUUGUGGUUUUGAUGAGUUUAAUGCAACAAAAGUUGGCCAUGAAAGUUCAAAUUUGUUAAAAUUCAAUGCCCAUGAACUGAAGCAGAUACCAGCUGGAUAUCGUCAGCCUCAACCAAUAGAAAAUCUCUCUUCUGCCUUGCCGCUAGCUCAUGGUGUGCAAGGUUUUCAGUUUCUCUCCAAUGUGGCUGUGCCUGGUAUAGACUUUCCUUUAAUGUCUGAUCAGCGACAGUAUUUUGCGGAUAUGCAAUCUGUGCUUCCUUGCAUACAUGCACAACAGUUUAACCAGCCUCAUAUCAGCUGGAGGAAUAUUGAAGAGGAGCAAUUUUAUAGGAUGCAUCAGCAAUAUUUGUAUCUGCAGCAACUGCAUAAUCAACGGUUGGAAGCUCAGCAUCCUAUGCAAGCAAAUGGAAAUGUUGCAACAAAGCUGAUGAAUCGGCACGUGAGACAACCAUAUUUUGAGGUUCCAGUCUCUCAUCAACUUCAGCAACCCAAUCAAGAACAAGUUUGGAACGAUUAUGCAGUAACAAGGGGUCUGAAUCAAUCGCAGAAUGGUAUGAAUAUUUUGGAUAAAGUAGGAAAACAGAGUUUUCCUGAAAAGAUUCUAACAAGAUCACAAGGACUGAGUACACUUAAAGCUGUGAAGUACAGUUCAGCUGGAGGAAAUGAAUCACUUGCAAAUCUCAGCCAGAAUGGGAAAGUUCUAUUAAAUGGUCAUCUCCGGCAUACUUUAACCCCUCCUAGUGCUGAAUGCUUUCAGUUAGAUCAUUUGAGCUCAUGGGACUUAUCCCCUGAUAUUAUUGAUUUGAAAAGUACUAAUCUUAGGCCCCAGCCUCAGAAAUAUAAUUCUGUGGAUGAAGUUACUGGCAGAGUAUAUCUCAUGGCAAAGGACCAACAUGGUUGCCGCUUCUUGCAAAGAAAAUUUUCUGAGGGCACUCCACAAGAUAUUGAAAAGAUUUUUCUUGAGGUCAUUGAUCAUAUUGCUGAGCUGAUGACAGACCCUUUUGGAAAUUACCUAGUCCAAAAGUUGCUUGAAGUGUGCAAUGAGGAUCAGCGAAUGCAAAUACUUUGUGCCAUCACCAGGAAAGCUGGGGAACUUGUUAGGAUUUCAUGUGACAUGCAUGGGACUCGGGCUGUUCAGAAGGUAAUUGAAACCCUGAAGACUCCACAGCAGUUUUCUAUGGUCGUUUCCUCUCUGAAGCCUGGCAUAGUGACUUUGAUAAAAAAUAUGAAUGGUAACCAUGUUGCACAGCACUGCUUGCAGUAUUUAACACCAGAACACAGUGAGUUCCUUUUUGAAGCUGCAACCACUAACUGUGUCGAACUUGCUACUGAUCGCCAUGGCUGUUGUGUACUUCAAAAAUGUCUUAGCCAUUCUGAGGGUGAGCAAAGACGCUGUUUAAUCUCUGAGAUCACAUCAAAUGCUCUAAUUCUUUCCCAAGAUCCAUUUGGGAACUAUGUUGUGCAAUUUGUCUUUGAGCUUCGUCUUCCUUGGGCAACAGCUAAUAUUCUUGAUCAGCUGGAGGGUAACUAUGGGGACUUGUCGAUGCAGAAAUAUAGCAGUAAUGUGAUAGAGAAAUGCCUAAAAUAUGCAAGUGAGGAACACCGAGCUCAUAUUAUUCGGCAGCUCAUUAGUAAUACUCACUUGGAUCAAGUCAUGCAAGACCCUUAUGGCAAUUAUGUUAUUCAAGCAGCACUACACCAAUCAAAGGGAGCUCUUCAUGCUGCAUUGGUGGAGGCCAUAAGACCCCAUGUUCCUGUGCUUCGAACUAGUCCAUAUGGGAAGAAAGUCCUAUCUAGUAACUUUUUAAAGAAGUAAUUUGUAGGUACAUCAAAGUUUUGAACUUGGCUUUGGUAUUUUUGAAGCUUAGACCUGGAAAGAAAAGAUGCCUUUUAACUGCACAGGUGAAAGGGGAAGUUUUGGGUUAUUUUUGCUUCUGUUUAAUUGUAAUCUCUUUCGUAGGCGUACUACGAGUGAAUUCUACUCGACAUGGGAUCCACGGGUUUGUAGAUCAUUUUUGUUUCCCUUUCUUUUGCAUAGAAAUAAAAGAAAUGUGGAGAUUGUAGAGUUCUUUUGAGGCUUAUGGGGUAUUCUGUACUAUGUGUUCUUUUACUUUCUAGUUCCCCAAGCUCAAUGCUUGUUGGAGUAGUUGCAGGCUGCAAGGGCUUUAUAACUUAUAGCUUAUAAAUUAUAAGCCACCUGCUUUUGAUGUUCAACAUUCUGUUUUCUGCUGUAUAUUUCUUGUUCAUACAUUCCCAAGCUUGGAUAUUUAUUUAUUUUAUACAUGUCUAUGCCUUUCUUUA